UUCUCCUGUUGAGAGAAACGAGACGCGAUGGCCAGAACCAAGCAGACCGCCCGUAAAUCCACCGGAGGAAAAGCUCCCAGGAAGCAGCUGGCCACCAAGGCUGCCCGUAAGAGCGCCCCGGCCACCGGCGGAGUGAAGAAGCCCCACCGCUACAGGCCCGGUACCGUGGCUCUCCGAGAGAUCCGCCGCUACCAGAAGUCCACCGAGCUGCUGAUCCGCAAGCUGCCCUUCCAGCGCCUGGUGAGGGAGAUCGCUCAGGACUUCAAGACCGACCUGCGCUUCCAGAGCUCCGCCGUCAUGGCUCUGCAGGAGGCCAGCGAGGCUUACCUGGUCGGCCUCUUCGAGGACACCAACCUGUGCGCCAUCCACGCCAAGAGGGUCACCAUCAUGCCCAAAGACAUCCAGCUGGCCCGACGCAUCCGCGGAGAGAGGGCUUAAACCCCCCCCACACCUCUUUACACCACAACGGCUCUUUUAAGAGCCACCUCACUAAAGCUCAAGAGCUCCUUCCUCUGAUCCUCCUUCAUAUGUUUUAAUAAGGCUACCCUAAAUGGAUAUGCAUACAUUUUAACAUUGUUGUUAUUAUUAUUAUUAUUAUUAUUAACAAAUUAAAUGCUGAUGCUUGUUAAUCUGGAUCAUGAUAUUCACAAUUUGGCUGCUUUAAAUAUGGUGAAAUGUCUUUUUUUGUUUGUUGUAAUGUAAUAUUCUGAAUAAUGCUGUAUCAUCUCAUACCUGUAUAGGCCUACUUCUUGACUCACUGAAAUAUACAUUACUGAUCUUUCUUUCUACACUUGAGUACAGGAACAUUUCAUAUAAUACACUAAGAUAGCAAUAGGCCACUGCAGGUUUGUGAGAUAAGGAUGAAAUAAUAAUAAAUGGAAAAUAGUAAAAUGCCACAGAGACUUCAUGUCACCAACUCAGUCUAACCUUUUUACUUAGUUUUCAAGGAAUCCGUGUAGUAAAAUAAUGCCUGUCUAUUUAACACUGUUUAUAUUAAUUAAAGUUCUCCAUGGCUUUUGUAUUACAAAUAUGUAUACCAUUUCAGACAGUAGGGGUGAAAUAUGUUCAGUUACUCUCAUUCUGGCCAUAGCAGAAGGACAUUACAUUAAGUCAGUUUCACUUUUAAACCUGUUGUAAUGUGACAAAUAAAUCUACCUUGUAAAA